GCCUCUAAUAUAUGUAGAGGUCUUAUUGAAUGCACCGGGUUCCUAUUGAAUGGUUCGUUUGCGCUUUCGAAUCACAAGCUAUGGUCGAAAUAAAUAGGUCCAAGGGCCUUGUUAGAUUUUCCUUUUGCAAUUAUUGCUAUGGUUUCUGACUUUGUGAUCUCAGAGUUCUACAGGGAAUUUCCAGUAAGAAUCGGAUUCUGCAGAAUCCGUCCUGUUUCCACUAUGAACCAUUCUCAAAAUCUUAAGCAGCAUGGAAAUUUAAGCUUCCUGUUGAAGCUGCCAACUGCAAGUAUUUCUGAAAUAAUCCAGAGUUCUUCUAAGUCUUCAAUGAUUCCUUGGCAAAGAUGAACUGUUAAAGGUAAAGAAGAUUCUUUUCCUGAAGGCUCAGACAGAUGGUGCAGGAUUGCAAAGUUCCUCAAUUAUUGUCCUGAGACAGUAGUUGCUUGAAUAAGGGAAGAUUCCCUCCAUUUUCACUCUGUGAGCUGAAGAAUCUGCAAGAUUGACAGAUCGCAGGGAGUUAACUUCUCCGGGAAAGGGCAAUGCAUAAAGUCAGCAGAUCGAACUGGAUAGUUACAUGAAUUCUUAAAUUCCAACGGCCACCACUGAUCGAAGCGCGAUGAUUUUGGACGCAACAAUGGCACAAGAACAAUCUGCGCAAUGUAACUUUUCCAAACAGGGCAUCUCUGUAAAAGAAGAAAAGAUUCCAGUCAGCUUAUAACCUCAUCAGUUCGGGCAGACCAACUUUGUUCCCUUAUCUAACAAAGCAAAGAUUCCUGUAAAAAACCUUCUCUGGCGUACCCCCUAUAUGUUGUAUCAAGGAAGAAAGAAACCAAGUUAGUUCCUAAGAAACCUUUCUGCUUGUCUCUUCCAUGGAGGAAGGAUCGACUGUUUCUCCCCGGAGGAGCAGGUUCUCAUCAUAUGAGAGGCUGGUGGCCAUAGGACUGGCAAUUGUGGCUGUGGCCUCGCCGCUAUUCAUUGACCGGAGACCCACGAAUGAGGACAACGAUGAAGCUGAAUUUAUCAACUUUGCUGCUUGGCUGCCACUGCUGCUCUUCAUGCUGAUCUUCGCGAUUGCCUUGUCGCCUCUCCUGGACACGAGCUUUGCGAGGUUCGAUCCUUACUGGAUUCAUAGGGUGGGAGGUUCUUCAGGGGGUAUUAUCUUCAUUCUCGUUGUUCUUGCUCUUAUAGUGAAGUGGAAAGCUUGAAAGUCUUCUCCAUACCAUGCUUGUUGAGAACAAACUUGCCCUUUGUCGUCCAAAUAUUUCCUUCUUGCGAAGAAAAAACAGAACAGCUAGCUCUUAGCUAAUUUUUCUAACAAGUGAAACAGAACAGUCGUGAGAAAGCCCUGAUUUCAGAAGAAGGGAGAUGCAGCUGUUCUUCCAAAUUCAAGUAAAUGGAGGAAGUUGUCAAUUUCUGG